AUGUUCCUGGGCCAAUUGGUCGCGACAAUAUGGUCAUGUAUCGUGCAGCUUGCAGUCUUCGAGUGGGCCUUCGGUGGUGGUAUCAAAGACCUAUGCGCUCUUCACCAGGUCAAUCACUUCACUUGUCCUGGAGGAAGAGUCUUCUACAACGCCAGUGUAAUCUGGGGAGUCAUUGGUCCCGCACGCAUGUUCAGCGGUGAUGCCACCUACAAGAAUCUUCAGUGGUUCUGGCUAGCUGGUGCUGCUGCUCCAGUCAUCUUCUUCUUUGCGGCCAAGCAGUGGCCAAAGUCACCCAUCCGCUUCCUCAGCGCUCCUCUAAUCUUCGGCGGCACUGGACAAAUUCCACCUGCCACACCAUUGAACUACUUGUCAUGGGGUGUUGUUGGCUUCAUCUUCAACAAGUGGAUUCGCAACAGAUACAGAGGCUGGUGGAUGCGCUUCAACUACAUUACAUCAGCUGCCCUUGAUUCCGGUCUUGCUAUCUCAACCAUCUUGAUUGUUCUGACAAUCAGUUUGACCAAUACCGACGCACCCAACUGGUGGGGCAAUGUUGCUAUAUAUAACACCAUGGACAGUCUGGGUACAGCUGUAUCAAAAGUCCUACCCGAAGGUGCUACCUUUGGUCCUUCUUCGUGGUAA